AUGCCAGCGCUCCUGGUCGACACAAACCCUCGCCCUGCCUCUCCAAGCGACGCCUCAACCUCGUCCGACCGCUCGCCAAAACACUCCGACUCGGCCUCCCCUGACCGCCCGCCUGUGUCCCCCAUCACACCCACAGUUUCCGUCGCCCAGCUAGCUCCUGUUGAGCCCACAGCAGCCCGGCCCCGCGUCGUCGCUCCGCCAACAGCAACCUUCAGACAGCAGCCUCCCUCUGUACCAAUAUCCGAGAGCGAGAAUCCGGAUGCUAUAGCGUUGCGGUCCGCCAUAUCGCUCCUGCAGCUGCAGCGAGAAAAGAGCAAGCGCGACCUCAAGGCACUGGAAGAGCUCAAGGCUGCCGCCGUCUCCGACCCGCAAGCCUUUGCACGCUCACUGCAAGAGCAACGAGCGCAAGCAUCGCAGUCUUACCACGACAUUCUUACUCCUACACUGUCUGGUCUAGUCGACCCAGCGCAGGACCAUGAGCAAGACAUCAAGGCAGAGCAGCCCAGUACAGAUGAGCGCAAGGACUCGGCAGCUACGGGGGCAAAGCUAGGCCCCGCCAAGAUUCCCGCGAUACCACAACCUCAGAAUGUAGUUCGGUGUCCUCCAGUCAAUUGGGCAAAGUACCACAUAGUUGGAGAGCCGCUGGACAAAUUACACGAAGAGCAGAAGAAGUGGCCAGGUGCAGCAGAACCGCCACGCGCCAAGUCAGGAAUGAGAGCGCCGCCACAUACCGUCACGGCGCCAUACUCGCCAUUCACAGACGGACUCGGCCAGUCCCCAUCCGCAUCACAGCCUCCGAAGAGCUUCAAGAAGUCGCCGUCAUGA